GAUACGGACAACCAGGCCAAACCGGCGCCGAAGUUCUUGGAGGUCAAAUGUUCCUUGCACAAGAGUCCGAGAUUAACAAGAAGCAAGAGAUGAAGCCCGCCGAUGAUGAUCCUUUCCGCAUGUACUGGUGCAGAGAGCUGGAUGGAACCUGGACCCAACGAAACCGCUUGACGAUUGAUAGUGGCGAUAUUGGCGAUUGUCGUUGGUAUGCUAUGGAUGGAUCAUUCUAUUGCGUUAGACUUUCUGACGGUUGAAUGUCCCAAUUUCUCAGCUUUGAUGUUACGAUCUUUUCUUUCAUGGACCAUGCACGUUGGUAUGGCUGGGUCUGUGGUGGAUGGACAACAAAAUGGGGCUUUGGAGAAUGUUGGACUAAGAAUUUGAUUUCUGCGCUACGUUGUGCAUUUCAAAAUAUGCAGUUCUUCACAAAUCAAGCGAGCGAUUUGAUUGGGGUGGG